UGGUCAGUUGCAGACGAUGCUGAAGCUGUCAAGUCGGUUACAUCAGAAGAUAUUGAGAAACGUGAUGAAAGUUCUGAUCAAGUGGCCUUGGAGACGGAACAACAAGAACAGCAUAUUCAUCCACCCCCACCUCAUAUUGUUCAAGGAAUUCCGAAACAUGGAAUUGGCUUAGGUCAGCCUUUUGGUCCACCCACACCCCCACAUAUGGCUUAUCAUGGACCACCACCACCACCCCCACCACAUUUAAUGCAUCACGGCCCAAAACGUGUUCCAAUUAAUCACGCUCCAAAACUCGGUCCCAUCGGUCAUGGCCCCAAUCACGGUCCCAUCAACCACGGACCUCACCCUAAUCGCAUUCCACAACAGCAACACGCUGCGUCGGAAAUUUCUGAAAAGCUUUAUGGCGCACCGUUAAAUGGUAAUGACUUGUGGUCAGCACCUGUGCCUGACAUGCCGAAAAUUGUGUCACUUGACGUCAAGUGUGAGAAGCAAGGAAUGAAAGUGUUUUUGCAAUUCGAUAAGCCAUUCUAUGGAAUUGUUUUCUCCAAAGGUCAUUACAGUAAUUCCAAUUGUGUUCAUUUGCCAUCAAGCUUAGGUCGCACAUCAGCUCAAUUUGAUAUUGGAAUUCAUGCAUGUGGCACAGCUGGAAAUACUGAAAAUGGACAUUAUGGAUACGAAUCGGGAUCUGGAAAUUAUUUCGAGAAUAUUAUUGUCAUUCAAUAUGAUCCACAAGUGCAAGAGGUUUGGGAUCAAGCAAGAAAACUUCGAUGCACUUGGCAUGAUCAAUACGAGAAAAGUGUCACCUUCCGACCAUUCCCAGUUGAUAUGUUGGACGUUGUACGAGCUGAUUUUGCUGGUGACAAUGUCGGAUGUUGGAUGCAAAUUCAAGUUGGUAAAGGGCCAUGGGCUUCUGAAGUUUCUGGGUUAGUUAAAAUAGGUCAAACAAUGACAAUGGUUCUUGCAAUCAAAGACGAUGAUGCUAAAUUUGAUAUGUUGGUGAGAAAUUGCAUGGCACAUGAUGGAAAGCGAGCUCCAAUUCAGCUUGUUGAUCAACGUGGAUGUGUGACAAGACCGAAAAUUAUGAGCAAGUUUGUUAAAAUUAAGAACUUCGGAAACAGUGCUUCUGUUCUUUCUUACGCUCAUUUCCAAGCGUUCAAGUUCCCCGACUCAAUGGAAGUUCAUUUCCAAUGUACAAUUCAAAUCUGUCGAUAUAAUUGCCCUGACCAAUGUUCAGAUCAUUCUGGUGGAUCUGAUGGCAAUAUUCAACAUUUAAGUGUAGGACCAGAAUCACAAUAUGGCCCACCACCACCCCCACCAUCUCAACAGCAUGGAUUGGAUCAUUAUUUGAAUGCUGUAAGGAAACGAGAUGAACGGAGAGUACGUAAGACACGUUCGACAGAACAAAACGAAGAGCAAGUUGGUUUGAAUAAAGUUAUUCGUGUGGUGUCAUCGGGUGACUUAACUUUCCCCAUCGCUGAUCAAUUUAAUGGAACGAAUCAAGAAACUAUGAUCUUCCCAGCACGCGAAGAUGGUCUUAUAUGUAUGACAACUCCUGGCUUCACCAUCACUUUAGUGAUUCUCUUGGGAAUUCUUGUCGCUUCAUGUCUCACAUCAGCUUUUCUUUGCAUUCGUACGAAACCUUUCUCAAUAUCGUCAAAGGAAAAAGCACUUUCAUAUCCUUCAGUGAAUACAACACCUUCAAUCUCCACUUUUCAACAACAUAACAGUGUUCGUGUGACUCCGCAGAAGAAGAAAAUUGGUUUCUAU